AUGGCGAUGGCCCUGACUCGCUUCUGCUUGGCUCUCGGCCUUUGCACCCUCUCCGUGCUUGGCACGGAGUUUGUGGAUGACGAGUGCAGUGGCAAUGAUGGGUCCUGCAGCCUCGAGCUUCACCAGCUGCGCGCCCAGAAGGAGGUACUUGAAACCGUCGAAGCUGUUGAGAAGGUGAACAAGACUGCCAAGACUACUGGCGCCUGCACGGCAGCAGACGCUGCGAUCAUGGCGAAGUUCGGAGGCGGCAAUGCAGAUGGAACCUUCCCAAAGAUCCUUUCCGUAUGUGGCAAGGGUGCCUACAGCUUCUGGAGUGGAUUCAAGGAAGGCUCGAUGUCCAGCUGCAUCAUGUCGCAAACCAAGCUGAGCUCUUCGUGCGCCAGCUGCUACGCAGCUUCCGGCAAGUACAGCUAUGACAAUUGCAAGCUUCCCUGUCUCUUCGGCUCAUGGUGCUCCGGUGGUUGCUUGAGCUGCUCCCAGAGAAACAAAGCCGCUGUGGACCAGUGCGCAGGUGUUGAGUCUCCAAAGGUGGAUCAGUGCUGA